UGGACAUUCAUGUCAUCUUUUUAAUGAUAGAUAUAUGUUUGUCACUUAUGGUUUUACUUUUGAAAGGUCUGGUGCAGUAUUCAGAAAUGAACUUUAUAUUCUUGACACAAGCAAUUAUAACUGGAUUACAAGAUUUGAACAAAGUUCAUAUAAUGAAACACCAUCUUCAAAUAAUUUAUUGCUGAUAGGAUUUUUGAUAGUUACAUCAAUAUUAGCAACAGCUCUAGCAGCAAUAUUGACAGCAAU